AUGGUCCGUGGAGGUGUAAGCCUCAAAAAGCACCUCCAGGGAUACGAAUUUCACAAAGCAGAACUGCUGCUCUACGUCGUCGUCGCUAAGUUAACUCCCCCCUCCCCCUCUCCCCAUCGCCACCCCUCUAACAGAUACAUCAGAAAGCUACACCCGCUUGGGAGGGAGAGCACGAGCUCUGGGGUGGACCAGCAAGUGGAGGCGGCCAGAAUGGACCAAGCUGACAGCUUCGCAGAGCGUUGGCUGCGGGUGUGGGACCGCAACCCGCGACCGCCACGGCUAGAGGGGGUCGAUCUGGACCAACUGGUGGCAGAGGGCUCCCUAGGUAGGAGGAUGCUCCGGCGGGAAGAACAAAGGAAGGGAGGGGGGGUCCAGGACCCCCCCGGGGGCGCAGGUGGGUGUGGGGGCGGCGUGCCGGGCGCGGGGGCGGCGGGGCGCGCGCCGAGCCGGGCGCCGGCGGGAGACGUGCGGCCGAGCGGGGCUCAGUGCGCCGAGUGUCUACGUCCGUGUGCGCGCCCCUGCGGCGCGGUGGAGCGCUGGCCGGGCCACCCCUGGCCGGGUCUCGUAGCACCGGAGCCCGCCCGAGGGCACGGGAAGCCGGGAGGCGAGGAGAGCGGUUCCGGCGAGGCCCGCCGCGACGCGCGCACCCUCACACGCACACGCCGCCGCGGGGCUCGGCCGGCUCGGCUGCCGCGCGGGGGGCGGGCCAGGCGGCGGCGGCGGCUGGGGCUGAGGGCGCGCCGCUGCCCGGCGCCCGCCCUGCAGCCUCCGCGGGGGACUGCACGCAGCUCGCCACCUCGGGCUACCCGCAGGCCAGCUGCCACCUUCUUGGAGAAGGACCACACCUGUGCUAAUUCCUCGCUUUGGAGGAGAGAUGUAGGAAUAGAAGCUCUGAGUGGUGGACUCUGCAGAAGAGAGGAGUGUGCUUGUGUUUCUGCACCAGCCCAAGGCUCUAGAAAUGGAGAAGGGGAUCUUUCAGUGCUUCAGUCCCUGGGGAGCCGUCUGAGGGAGUCCGCCGGAAAGGACGCCGGCGGCGCGGUGACUGACAGGCUGCCCUGGCUCAGUUAUCACAGUGCUGAUGCUGUCCGUUCUAAAGGUACAGUACUGUGAUAACUGAAGGAUGGCAGCCAUCUUGCCUCCCGUCAGAAGAGCCGCGUCGCGCCCGGAAGGAAGACCGAAGUCGAGAGGUGGCGAGUCAAACAGUGGCGGGACCCAGGAACCCGCCCACCCUGUACCCGCACGGCUCCUUCCCUAGAGCCCAGGGACUGUUACUCCGUCUGUCUUGGCCUUGUUUUGUGAGACGAGGCCAAGGAGGAGUUGGGUGGUAGUCUGUCGUGUUGUACUGACUGGACAUAAUAUAAGAUCUGUGGCACGUUUGAGAGACUGAUGCUAGGUAAGUGCUGAGUGUGGAUUAGUAUCUCUGGAGUGCUAUUCCGAGACAUCUGUGCCACUUUCAUAAACAUAAAAAGUUACCUAAUUAAAAUAGCUUGAUGCUGUCAGUAUUGGAUGUUCAAAAUGAAAUUCAGCUUAAACAGGGAGAAAAAAGUCCUACAUGUUGAACGGUAUUCACAUUAUAGCAUGAAUAAAAUUCCAUCUUUGUCUUCAACGAA